UUAAAAAAUACUGUGUAGGCUAAGUUUGGUUAUCGAAAAAAAAUAACAAAACGUUUGCAAAGGGGAAACGGUUAUAUGCAAAGCAACAAAGUCAAAAACCACCUAUCAAAGGCUAAUACAAUUUUCUGAAAUGGUAACCUUAAAUUGUGUUUUGAUAGUAUAAAAUGGUCACGAAUUAACUUUCAGUUAUAGAUGACGUUCCCUAUAGUAUAUUGUUAAUAUGGUUAUAGAUUUGCAGUCAUUUCUUUCUUGCCUGCACCAGUCUCCUGGCGAUAUAAAAAUAUAAUAUUUUUGAAAUAUGUGCCUAAUAAGUAAAUAUUUUAAUGGUAUAUUAAAAGAGGAUAAAGCAUUGAAAUGAUCAUGUCAGAACUUGUUUAAGAAACUUAUCCAAUUGCCCUAACAAGUUUUGUAAACGGCAGUGUGCUACUACUUUUGACAAGAAAACUAUAUGCAUCUUUUAAUAAUAGAAAGCUUAGUUAUACUUUAAUAAACACAAUCAUGGCACAGUACAAAGGAGCAUCCACUGAUGGCUUUCGAGCAAAAACAUUGCUCAAGAAGCGAGAAAAACAGAAAGAGGAAAUUGAACAUUUGAAACAAAAAAUAUCUGAGAACAUGGACCAGAAGAACAAUGUUGCACAAAUUGAUCGAAAAUUUGCCUCUCAUUAUGAUGCUGUUGAACAAGAAUUAAAAUCAAACACAAUAGGUUUGGUGACGUUGAAUGAGAUGAAAGCGAAACAGGAGAGUGUACUUCAAGAGCAUGAGAAACGAAUAGCAUUGGAGUUAAAAGCAAAAGAACGGGAGAAAGAGAGAAAGCGGAAGAAUAAAGAGAAAGAGAAAACAAAAAAACGUUCGAAGUUGUCGUUCGGAUUUGAAGAUGAAGAAGAAGAGGAAGAAGAAGAACAGGGAGUUGUAGAAGAUACCAGUAAAAGGAGACUGGGUAAAAAUCCUGAUGUUGAUACCUCAUUUUUACCUGACAAAGAUAGAGAGGAGGAAGAAGCAAAAGAACGUGAACGUCUACGGAAAGAGUGGGUUCAAAUGCAAGAAAAAAUGAAAUCUGAAAGUAUUGACAUAACGUACAGUUAUUGGGAUGGCUCUGGACAUAGAAAAAAAUGUGUGAUGAAGAAGGGUGACACCAUACAAAGCUUUCUGCAACAAUGUUUGCGAGAUUUGCGUCAAGAAUUUACAGAGCUUAGGGCUGUGGAUGUUGUGAGCUUGAUGUAUGUUAAGGAAGACUUGAUCAUACCUCAUCAUUACACAUUUUACGACUUUAUUGUGACGAAGGCUCGUGGUAAAAGCGGUCCGUUGUUCAGUUUUGAUGCGUACGAAGAUGUCCGAAUAACCCAGAAUGCAGCUAUUGGGAAGGAUGAGUCUCACGCUGGAAAAGUUUGUCUACGCAGUUGGUACGAGAAGAAUAAACAUAUAUUUCCAGCCAGCCGAUGGGAACCUUACGACGCUGAAAAAAAGUGGGAGAAGUAUACGAUUAACGAUAAAGCAUCGUGAUCAUGUUUGGUUUUUUGUGUCAAUGAGCUGAGAAGUGGAAGCACUCAACAAUUUUACAAAACGAUACUUGUAUAUACAUAUUUAACACGAUUAAAAAAUUUCUACACUUAACCUUUUUUUUGACCUACUCGUUAAUUUUCGGUGGAAAUAGCAUGUUACAUUUCUGCUUCCCUUUCAAUGUCAAGAAGAUAUUGCUAAGUAAAAUACAAGGCAGAUUGGAUUUUGUGGGCCUGUCAUUCAUGUGGUACUUUAAGCAUAGAACGCUUAAGCGAGAGAGAUCAGGAUGAAUUUGUGCUCUGGUUAGGCUUAGGUCUCUGCUUGCCUCAUUUUUUCUAAACAAAACAGGCCUAAGAGAGAAAAACUGUUUUUAGAAGGAAUAGGUUUGCAAUGGUAUUUUUUUACCCGUUGGAUUUCUUAAAACACUUAAACAAUGAUGGUGACACACACCACAAACAUUCUUCUUCACCUCACCUGUUGUAAGGAAAUAUUUUAGCAAUAACUUCAGUAAGGUCACAAAACCGUAAGAUGUUGUUACAGCGAACUUUAGCGAUUUGGUGACCUUUCCAGUGUCUUAAUUUUUUCGUCUGGUUGAAUUUCCAGUUGUUUUUGUACGCAUCGCUUUUAUCAGAUGAAGAGAGGCGGAGCUAGCAUAAAAUUCCUAUCGGCCAUAAAAAAGUUUGCGUUCGUUUGCGUCGCAUAAAGAAAAUAAUCUCAUACGUAAUGCAAUACCUUUAUUAGAUUGGGUUUUUCGACAUUUUUUUUAUACUUACCAUACUAAUUUUGGCGAAUCUGUAUGAGCAGUUAUUUCGCGCUUCAACACAAACACUCCAUGCAUAUACCUUAUUGUUUAUAUAGCUAAGUAUAAACUAAACAUACCAAAGUUGUCACCAAUUUUUUAUUGAUAAAUUUUGUUGUACAGGCUAUAUACACUACAGGAGACACGGGGAAGACAAUGUAUUUGCGUGCAUCGUUUUUCCACAUAGUCUGGUGACGCACGACGCCUUGGAAUGUUUUUUUAAAAAUCGAGUUUGUUUGGAGAUCAGAUUGCUCUGUUGCAGUUAUAAAUAACGAAAAACUGUGUUUUUAAUCGAAAGAUUUGUUUUCGUGGUUAGGUUAUGGUGGACUCGGCCUAGCAGCAGUUUGUGACUUUUUACAUUUUUGCCCGCUUUGCUGAAAUCUAGAUGCUUUGGGCUAAAGUUUACGGAGAAAAGAGAAUGGGCACAAAUGUUUUACUAGAAAAAGUUGUAACAAUAUAAUUCACAUCCAAGGUUAAUUUUUAUAUUCAGCAGUGAAACAGCGAGCCAUUUAAUGGGAGUAGAAAGAGUUUGAUUAUCUAUAAACGACGAAAAAGUAUAUUAAAAAUCGCAAAAGAAAAAACAACAACAAACUGUUAUGGCCACAGUGACGUUGACGCCACCGACCUACUCUAAACGGAACCACAAAAUUUCAUUAAAACGCAACCCUGAAUGGGUAGAAGUGAGUGAUAAAGCCCACGCGAUUGCAACGUAUUACAUACCGUAUCAUUUAAGGAACAGUGUGGAACAAAAAUCUUUGCGUGGACUACCGAAAAGUUACCUCAUACCUCCGCAACAACCACCAGAGUUGUUUACAUUUAUUGCCAAACUAUGUACGCAUAUGGAAGCUAAAAAUAGUUCUUUUUUUACAGAUUUACCUGAAAGACUUAAUGUAAGGGUGGACAAUUCAAAAACUAAGUUUUUAGGCUUGUGUAAGGAGACGUUUGCUGAUAAAGUAGUGAACUGGGGACGUGUUAUAUCUAUCUUCACCGUAGCAGGUUGUUUUGCUUUACAUUUUUUGAAAAAAAAUCAGCUAUCCACUGUUCAAAAAAUACCACUCUGGGUACAAGAGUUUAUUGACCAAGAAUUGGCAGAUUGGAUUAUCGAGCAAGGAGGUUGGGAGGAUAUUCACAAUAAACUCUCGCCUGAUGGUAAAGAUGGUUUACCCAGUUGGCACCGAGCCGUUGCCUUUGGUGGCGUGGUGGUCGCAGCUGGUUAUCUUCUCUUCUCAACUGGUUUGGGGAAAUAGACUAGGUUUUUCUCAAGAUAGAACAAAUUACAUUUUACUUUGGCAGGUUUCCGGGGUACGCUUUUUAAAUCGUAUAACGGAGUUAAAAAUCAUUAGUCUGGUUACUAAAAUUCUCAAAUCCUGAAAGCUGCCAAUAUACGUCUAAUUCCAAUCUU